GUGCUCGACAUGCGGCCUCACCACAAUGCUCGGCUGCCCCGGCCACUGCGGGCACAUCGAACUGCCCGUGCCCGUAUACCACCUCACCUUCAUGGACCAGCUGUUGCGCCUGCUUCGAGGCAAGUGCGGCUACUGCCACAACCUCAAGCUCGCUCGUGUGCAGAUCAACGAAUUCGUCUCGCGCUUGCGGCUGAUUCGCUGCGGACUGGUCAAGGAGGCCAACGAGAUGCACGAGUUCAUUGACGUGAACAAGGGCAAGAAGAAGAAGGACGCUGCUGAGUCGGAGUCUGACGACGACAACGAGGAUAUCGUGGGCCAGCGCAACAACUACGUCAGGAGGUGCAUGAAGCGGGCAGGCAUCUCCAAGCACGAUGCGCGGUCAGCGAAGGAGAAGAACGACACGAUCGCCGAGGCCAGGCGGCUGGUGCUGAAGGAGUUCUACGCUGCUCUUGUGGCAGGCAAGAAGUGCAGGAACUGCCAAGCCAUCAACCCGACAUUUCGCAAGGACAAGAGCAUCAAGAUCUUCCGCAGGAAUUUGAGCGGCAAAGAGAAGGCGCAGAUGGCGCAGUCGGAGAAGCGUCUCCAGAACCCUCUCGAUAUUCUCGCCCGCCGCGACGCAAAGGCGAACAAGCAGACCGUACACGACGACGAAGGAUUCGCUGAUAUGUCAGACGACGACUCGGACGAGGGCGUCGAUGUCGACAUGGGCGACGGCUCGCUCACAGCCACUGAGGCGCGCACAGCCACAAAGACGAGAACGAUCACCGAUGCGGCAGACAGCUCGCAGGAGUACAUCACAGCUGCCGAGGUCAAGGCAGCGAUGAUCUUGCUGUUCGAACAGGAAGCUGAGAUUCUCCGUCUCAUCUACAGCCCACACAGCUCAGCCAAGGUCAGCCCUGACAUGUUCUUCAUGGAGGCCAUCAUCGUACCGCCGAACAGGUACAGGAUGGAGGACAAGACUGGAGACUCGAUCGCUGAAUCGCCCAAGAACAGCUUGUACAAGGGCAUCCUGAACGCUUGCGACUCCCUGCGCCAGAUCAGCAAUGAGAUGAAGGGCCAAGAGAACGAGGCAGGGUACAGACGCCGUAACUUCGACGACCUGCAGAACACUUGGGUGAACCUCCAGGGUGCCGUCAACGCUGUGAUCGAUCGCGACGCCAACCCCGUCCAGGGCAAGGCUGGUCUCACGAACGCCGACGGUAUCAAGCAACAUCUCGAGAAGAAGGAGGGUCUCUUCCGCAAAAACAUGAUGGGGAAGCGUGUCAACUUUGCGGCGCGUUCCGUCAUCUCGCCUGAUCCCAACAUCGAGACCAACGAGAUUGGUGUACCGCCAGUCUUCGCUAAGAAGCUCACCUUCCCCGAACCCGUCACGAACCACAACUUCUACGACAUGAAGGAGGCUGUUCUGAACGGUCCAGACAAGUGGCCCGGUGCCGUCGCGAUCGAGAACGAGUUCGGCCAGGUUGUCACACUCAAGAAGAAGAACUACGAGGAGCGAUUGGCGCUGGCUAACCAGCUGCUCGCACCGUCAAGUACCUUCUCGAACGGCUCCAAGAACAAGAAGGUGCACCGACAUCUGAACAACGGCGAUGUUGUUAUCAUGAACCGUCAGCCAACCCUGCACAAGCCGUCCAUGAUGGCACAUCGAGCGCGCGUCCUGCCCGGCGAGAAGACAAUCCGCAUGCACUACGCCAACUGUAACACCUACAACGCCGAUUUCGACGGUGACGAGAUGAACAUGCACUUCCCGCAGAACGAGCUUGCACGUGCCGAAGCUAUGACAGUCGCCGACACAGAUCACCAGUACCUCUCGGCUACCGCCGGAAAGCCCCUGCGUGGUCUCAUUCAGGAUCAUAUUUCCAUGGGUGUUUGGUUGUCAAACAAGGAUACCUUCUUCACGCGCGAGGAGUACCAACAGCUGAUGUACGCCGCCCUGCGACCUGAGGAUGGACACACCACAUCCGGGAGACUUGAGACCGUUGAGCCUGCCAUCUACAAGCCGCGACCCCUCUGGACCGGCAAGCAGAUCUUCUCCAGCAUACUCAAGAACAUCAAGCCUGCGGAAUACCAGGAUCUUACACUCGAGUCGAAGUCCUCUACCAACCGCAACCUCUGGGGUGAGUCUAGCGAAGAGCAGCAGGUCAUCGUCAAGGACGGCCAGCUUCUUUGCGGUAUCAUCGAUAAGAGUCAAAUCGGUCCAGCUGCCGGUGGUCUCAUUAACGGCAUCUACGAGGCGUAUGGCGAGACCAUCGCUGGGCGCGCUCUCAGUAUCAUCGGUCGCAUGCUCACGAAGCUCCUGCACAUGCGCGCCUUCUCUUGUGGUGUUGAGGAUCUCAUCUUGACCGCAGAGGGAGACCAGGCACGUCUGGAGGAGCUCAAGGCUGCUGAGAAGGUUGGAUUUGAGGUCGCUUCCAAGUACGUCAGCUUGGACUCGACGAACAUCACUCCCACCACUGCAGAGCUCCAGACACGUCUCGAGCGAGUGCUGCGAGAUGACGGCAAACAGCACGGUCUUGAUCUGCUGUCCAACAGCGCGACUGCGAGCGUAUCGUCUGCAGUCACGGCAGCUUGUUUACCCCACAAGCUCAUCAAGCUCUUCCCCAAGAAUCAGAUGCAGGCCAUGACAGGUUCUGGUGCCAAGGGUAGUUUGGUCAAUGCCAACCAGAUCUCGUGUAACCUCGGUCAGCAAGUCUUGGAAGGUCGCCGUGUCCCAGUCAUGGUCAGUGGUAAGACGCUGCCUUGCUUCAAGCCCUAUGAAACUAGUGUGCGCGCUGGCGGAUACAUCGUCAACCGUUUCUUGACUGGUGUCCGACCACAGGAGUACUACUUCCACAUGAUGGCCGGUCGCGAAGGUCUUAUCGAUACUGCUGUCAAGACAUCACGUUCCGGAUACCUGCAGCGAUGUAUCGUCAAGGGUAUGGAAGGUCUCAAAGUCGAGUACGACACAUCCGUACGCGACUCAGAUGGUAGUAUGGUGCAAUUCCUCUACGGUGAGGACGGCCUCGACAUCACGAAGCAGAAGUAUCUCAACGACUUCAAGUUCCAAGCUCAGAACUUCUUGUCGCUCGCCCAAUCCCUCAACACACAAGAGGCCUUUGGUAAGGUGUACAGCCAGGAGGCUGCUGAGCACAACAAGAAGGCCGUCAAGAAGGCCAAGAAAGACGCUGGUGCCAUGGAUCCCGCCACAGCAGUCUAUGCUCCCGGCCGCUACAGUGGUAGUACUUCCGAGAAGUUUUACCAGGCCAAGAAGGAGUACGUCGACAACAACAAGGACAAGCUGCUCAAGAGCAAGAAGAAGGACCCCGAGGGCGAGAUUCUCAAGAAGAGCUUCGAACAGAUGCUCGACCUCAAGUACCUCCGUUCCCUCGUCGAGCCUGGCGAGGCUGUCGGUGUCGUCGCUGGUCAGUCCAUUGGUGAGCCGUCGACACAGAUGACACUCAACACGUUCCAUUUGGCUGGUCACUCGGCCAAGAACGUCACGCUCGGUAUCCCACGUCUCCGUGAAAUCGUCAUGACCGCUUCCGCGAAGAUCUCAACACCGGGUAUGACCAUGUACCCACACGCUGAGCUCCCCAAGGACCACCAGGAGAGGUUCGCGAAAAGUAUCACACGUCUGCCACUCUCCGCAGUAUUGGACAAGGUCAUAGUCACCGAGUCGUCAGGUGCCGGUACGCAGUUCAGCCAGGCAAGGACAUACAAGGUUCGCCUGGAGCUCUACCCGGCCCAGGAGUACACACAAGAGUACGCCAUCAAAGUUCGCGAUGUUGUCGAGUCGAUUGAGCAGAAGUUCUGCCCACGCCUUCAGAAGAUCAUGCGCGCGGAUCUGAAGAAGAAGGGUGAGAACAAGUCGCUGUCCACUGCCAACGCAUCAGUACCUCAAGUUGGCCAGUCAAGCGGCAGGAUCGAGGAGACUAUCGUUCGUGAUUCUGAUGAGCGUGCUGGUCGUGAAGGCGGUCCAGAAGAUGAUGACAGUGAUGAUGGCGAAGGUGAUGGCGACACAACACACGCCAAGCAGCGCGGCCGCCGCGAAGACAGCGUCGGCUAUGAAGAGCCCGAAGAGGAGGAGCAAGCUUUCAAUGACGCACUCGACCGCAACGAGGCAGUGUCCGAUGAAGACGAGGCCUAUGGAGGCAGUCCCAAGCCUUCGCGCGCCAACUCUCCUGACCCAGACGACGAUUCAUCCGACGAUGAGCAACUCCUCGUCCCCACCGAUGAAGCCUCCGACAUCCGCAAAGACCGCAUCAUCAACAAGAACGCCGACGUCUUCGACUUCAAGUUCGACGACAAGAAGGGCGAAUACUGCGAAAUCACGUUUGAGUUCCCGCUCGCAACACCAAAACUGCUGGUGCUCCACCACGUCGAGGCUGCCGCUGAAUUCGCCACCAUCCACGUCAUCCCCGGCAUCACCUCCGCCAUGGUCUCCAAGGAAGACGGCAAGGACGCAAACGGCAAGAAGAUCGAGGUCCCCGUUGUCGUGACAGAAGGAUCCAACCUCCUCGCCAUCCGCGAAUUCCACGACAUCAUCGACGUAAACCGCGUCUUCACCAACGACAUCGUCGCUAUGCUGCAACUCUACGGUGUUGAGGCGUGUAGAGCGACAAUUGUCCGCGAAAUGCACGCUGUCUUCAGCGGUCACGGUAUUUCCGUCGACCAGCGCCAUCUCAACCUCAUCGCGGAUACAAUGACCAAGGGUGGUGGAUUCACGCCGUUCAACCGUAUUGGUUUGAGGGGUAAUGUCAGUCCGUUUAUGAAGAUGAGUUUUGAGACUACGGUUGGUUUCCUCAAAGACGCUGUUCUUGAGCGCGAUUGGGAUGAUCUCAAGAAUCCCUCUGCACGCAUCGUUGUAGGCAGACUGGGUGGUAUUGGUACAGGCGCGUUUGAUGUGCUUGCGCCGAUACAGGUCAUUGAUCCGUUGAAGGGCGGGGUCUUGCCUGGGAUUGAGGAGAAGGCUGAGGAGGAUGUUGAGAUGGAGGAUGCGUAGGAUAUCGAGGCAUGAGCGGAAUGGUUGGCACGAUUGAUGUACCUUACUUGGAGUCAUGUUCAGGAUUAGCAUAGUAGGUGGCGUUCCGGCGCGGGUGGUAACGCACAGUUG